CAAUGGCUACAAUUCAAUUGAAGUCAUAUCAAAUGAAGAUGAAGAUUUCAAUAUUUCUUGCAUUAUUCCUAGUGAUCAUUUCAUGUGCUCAAGUCAUAUCAAAUGAAGAUGAAGAGAGAAGCCUAAUCCAAAGCAAUGAACAAGCUCGUGAACUUAUUAUUGGGAACUCAAAUGGAAAUGGAAACAUUAAAGCCUCUACAAGGUUGAACCACAAAGAUGUUCUUGUGGAAAGUCAAAAUGAACACAAACAUGAACUGUUUGUUACUAUAACAAUUGGAGGAGGAGGUGGAGGAAGAGGAGGAGCAGGUGGAGGAGGAGGAGGAGGAGGCAAAGGAACGGCGGGUGGAGCGGCCACUGGAAUUAUCGGUGGUGGAGUCAUCGUUGACCCAACUGUCGAUUAUGGGCAAGAUGACGAAUACAGUCAGGGACACAACACAAUCAGACACAAUUACCUUCAAUUAGCUUUUGGUUUUAAUUACCUUGUUUCAGUUCCAAUAAUAAUUAUGUAGUAAUAGUAUCAUAUUUAGUUGCUACUGAAUGUAUAAUUUGGCUACAAUAAAUAUCAUGUUUUAUUGUUGAUUA